AUGCACUUCUAUAAGCUUUCAGUCUUGGCUACGUUGUUAGUCAGAGUCUAUGCCCACGGCUAUGUAGAUAAUGUUACCGUUGCGGGAACGCUGUACACAGGCUACCAACCCUACACCGAUCCUUAUUAUAACCCCAUUCCAGAUCGAAUUAUUCGACCCGUGCAAGGCAACGGACCUAUCCAAGAUGUAACCUUGAUCGACCUUCAAUGCGGUGGCUACACAGCUGGUGGCAUCUCUGGAUCUUCUCCGGCAAACUUGACAGCCGGACCUGCUGCUGCCGGAAGUCAAGUCUCCUUGCGAUGGACACUUUGGCCGGAUAGCCAUUCAGGACCCGUCAUUACAUACAUGGCAAGGUGUGCGAACGAUGACUGUACAACAUAUUUGCCUGGUACAUCUGCCGUAUGGUUUAAGGUGGCAGAGGCCGGACGUACAGGUACUUCAGACGUUUGGGGUGAUAGCCCUCUCAUGGUCGCUGGUAAUUCCUACACAUACACCAUCCCCUCUUGUCUAGCAGCCGGUUCAUACAUUGUACGCCACGAAAUCAUUGCUCUCCAAACCGCCGGCGAAUAUCCUGGCGCACAGUUUUAUCCUUCCUGCCAUCAGAUAAAAAUCACGGGAAGCGGAACAAGCACUGGUCCAGCGUCGAAAGUUGCCUUUCCAGGUGCCUAUGCAGCGACUGACCCAGGAAUCACUUAUGAUAUGUACACGGCACAGACGUAUACGAUUCCUGGGCCUGCUGUUUUCACUUGCUGA